AUGGGAGCGUACAAAUCCGACGACGACUACGAUUAUCUCUUCAAACUAGUCUUGAUCGGAGAUUCCGGCGUCGGAAAAUCAAACCUUUUGUCUCGAUUCACCAGAAAUGAAUUCAGCAUCGAGUCAAAGUCAACCAUCGGCGUCGAGUUCGCUACAAGAAGCGUUCAUGUCGACGACAAAAUCAUCAAAGCUCAGCUUUGGGACACCGCCGGUCAAGAAAGAUACAGAGCAAUCACGAGUGCAUACUACAGAGGAGCAGUGGGAGCUCUUCUUGUUUACGACAUAACUCGACACAUAACGUUCGAAAACGUUGAACGUUGGUUAAAGGAGCUUCGUGACCAUACCGAUGCCAACGUCGUGAUCAUGCUUGUUGGAAACAAAGCCGAUCUUCGUCAUCUUCGUGCGGUUCCCACUGAAGAAGCUAGAUCGUUCUCUGAGAGAGAGAACAUGUUCUUCAUGGAGACUUCUGCUCUUGAUGCUACAAAUGUUGAGCAAGCUUUCACUCAUGUCUUGACUCAGAUCUAUCGUGUAAUGAGCCGUAAAGCACUUGAUGGCACUGGAGAUCCAAUGUCUUUGCCUAAAGGACAGACUAUUGAUAUUGGAAACAAGGAUGAUGUUACUGCUGUUAAAUCUUCCGGUUGUUGCUCCGGUUGA